AUGUCUCGCCUCUCACCCUUCCCAUCCAACAUGACCUUCCGCACCGAAUCUCGCGCAAGUGUCGCCGCCUCCGACACGACCUACUACACCUGCGCAUACCAGUCCUUCCACGACGUCGAGCUCUACGCCCCGAGCUCCCCUCCCUCGAGAGCUCCCGCUCCGGCACCGGCACCGCCCUCCGCACACCACAACACUCACAUCACCAAGGACAAGGAGCCCGAACCAACAGAAAUGCGCCGCCAGGACUCGGGCUACGAGUCCCUCCCACCUCGCAACUCAUCAUCACACCCCCGCCGCACCUCGACCACCUCCUCGUCGCAGUCGUCCCCCCAGCAGCAACCGCACCCCCGAUCCCGAGGCCGCCCCACGAUCCGCCGCGCACCAAAGACCAGCCCGUAUCCCAACGCCGCGCGAACGAGCGGAAGCAGCCUCUACCACCCGUCCUCGCGAGGCCACCACUCUUCGCACGCCACGCACACCCAGCAGGCGACCUUUUUCCACUUCCCCGCGCACCCGACGGAUCUCGAGCUCGCCAACCGCCGAGCAGCCGCCCCCCGCGGCGGCGGCGGCGAGGAACUCGAGCUCGACCAGCGCGGUCUGCUCUCGCCCACGCAGCAGCAGCAGCCCGACGGCAGCGAGUGCACCGAGGUCGCGCCGCUCCCGCCGCAGGCGACGCACUACUGGACGAGCGACCGGACGCGGCGCCUCGAGUACGCGGCCAUCGAUGCCGCCAGCCGCGGCGUCAAGGGCUGGUGCAAGAGGCACCUCGUCCCGGACUGCUUCGUCCCGAAGGAGAAGCACGUCGCCUUCGACGACGACACGGGCAGUGUGCGACGAUACCGGCUCGAGCUCGACGAGGAGACCCCGGAGAAGGGAGACUACUGCUCGAGAAAGAGGAGUUGGUUCGGAUGGCGCCGCUCCAAGACGGCGUAA